AUGCUUAUAGCUGAACCCUUCCCAGGCUAUCAGGAUUCUGGCGCAGACAUUGCUUACACCCUUCGGCAGAAGGGCGUGAAGGUCAUAAAGUCAGAUCCUUCGGCCCCAGUCUCCUCCAAUGAAGGCUGGGCGUUCCCAGACACGGAGGAAGGAAUUUACAGCGCGGCCCAGCAGGGCACCACGCAUUCUGGGCUAACACCUGUAGCCUCUAAGAUCUACGUAGUGGGUCAGCCGCCAGGCCUGGUUGAAAGCUUUGAUGACAAGGCAUAUCUGAACGAUAAACUACGGGAGCUUGGAGGCUACACCUUACCAAAGUCCUGGCUGGUGAGUCCUGAAAAUAUCAGUGAAAUUAUCAACCAUAUCGACCGGUACCCAAUCGUCGGCAAGCCUGUUCGAGGACGCGACAGAGCCACUUUUGAGUAG